AAAUAAAAACAAUCAAACGUCCCGAAAAAAAACUUGUGAUUGCAGUGAAAAAUCCAGAAUUUGCAUUUUCUUUUCCAAUUUCCUUUGUGAGCCAUGGGAGACGAUGAAUUAGAUGCCAUACGUGCCCAACGGCUGGCUGAGAUGCAGAAGCAAUACGGUUCUUCUGACCAAAAAGCCCAAGGAGAAGCCCAGGAGGAGCGUCGUCGUCAGGAGGAGGAUAUGAAGAACUCCAUUUUGGCUCAGAUAAUGGACCAAUCGGCAAGAGCUCGAUUGAAUACCCUUAAAAUCAGCAAACCCGAGAAGGCUCAAAUGGUGGAGCAGAUGAUAAUAAGAAUGGCUCAAAUGGGACAAAUCCCCGGGAAACUCGAUGAUACUCAACUUGUUCAGCUGCUGGAGAGCGUAAAUAGGCAGAUGCCACGCAGUACAUCAGCUGUGAAGUUUGACCGAAGGAGAACAGCUAUUGAUUCUGAUGAUGAAGACUACGGAUUGUAAUUGAUGUGUCUCACAGCAUCCGGAAGAUGACUAUAUUUUCACUCAAAUUUCUUACUAAUAUGCCUCUUAUUUCUUAUCAACUGUCCGGCAAAUUAAGGCGCAUCACUCGCUUAUAUCUCGAGGGUUGUUUAUUUUGUCAGAGAAAAUAAAAUUUUAACAUAAUUUUGCGAA